AUGAAGACUCCCCCAAAUUCAGAGGAUGAGUGGAUAGAUGAGGAGUCCUCUGAUGUUUGUCCUGUGUUUAGAGAAGGUAUAAGGUUUGGAGAACUGCAACUGGAAGUUGGCAUGAAAUUCAACACAAAAUGGGACUUUAAGGAGGCUGUUAGGGAGUUCACAAUCCAAGAGGGCAGAAGGAUUAGGUUCAGGAAGAAUGACAAUGUGAGGAUGAGGGCUACAUGUCAGGUGAAAGGAUGUCCAUGGGUGGUGUAUGCAUCCAGAGAUCAUGAAGAUACUUGUUGGCAAAUAAAGACAUUUGUUAAUGAUCAUACAUGCCCAAGGGAAGACAAGAACAGGGCAGCUAACAAAAAUUGGGUGGCCAGUAAACUAGUGAAGAAGGUUAGGAAGUACCCAAAUUUUAAGCAUUGUGAUGCUGCCACUUACUUCAAGUCAAGGUUUGACUUGACCUUGAACAAGAACUCAAUUAGGGCCCUGUUUGAUGCAAGAAAUGCUGUGUUUGGGGAUGAAAAGGAACAAUACAAAAUGCUGAGGGAUUAUGGUCUUACACUUCUCAAGACUAAUCCUGGAUCAACAGUUCAAAUUUGUUGCACUCCCCAACCAGAAUCUGAUCCAGUAUUUGAUAAAAUUGGGCCAGAUGCCAAUCACCAUAUCUACAUCAUAGCGUGGGCAAUUGUUAGCGUAGAAAACAAGGAGAAUUGGAAGUGGUUUCUUGAGUUGUUACACCAGGACCUUGGAGACUAUAGGCAACAUGGAUGGUGCUUUAUCUCUGACAUGCAGAAGAACGGAAUUGUAUGCAUUCUUAUUGGUGUUUAUGCUGAAAUCAUGGACUGUUAUGUGUAA